AUGGGAAUCACUGCUGAUACGAAGCAAGCGUACGUCUUUGCCUCUAACGCGAAUUGCCGUGCCGCCACUGAAAGCCCGGCGCCCAUUUGGGAGCACAUCGGCGCCAAGAAGAGAGCGCUCCUCAGUGCCUCGAUUCCGCAGGAGUGGCGCGUACCCGCAAACCUUCUGCCUCCACAAUCGCAAGACGAUGUCACAGCCUGGCCAACCACGUCUGGCUGGUUCUCAGAGGAGGAACUUGAUAUAACGGAGCAGACAGCUACGCAGCUCGUCGCCAAGCUCGCUUCCGGUGAGCUGAGAUCGGAGACGGUGACUCGCGCAUUUUGCAAGCGUGCAGCGGCGGCGCACCAACUGGUAAACUGUCUCUCCGAGACUUGCUUUGAGCGCGCCAUCGCCACCGCGCGCGCUCGCGAUGAGCAUUUCGCCAAGACGGGCAGGCCCGCGGGACCGCUCCACGGCUUACCUGUCUCUCUCAAAGACAAUUUCAAGCUCACUGGCUUGGACUCUACGGUUGGCUUCUCGUCCCACGUUGGCGACGCCGCUGCAGAGGACUCUGCGCUGGCCAAGGUCCUAGAGGAAGCAGGUGCCGUGUUUUACGUCAAGACCAAUGUGCCCACAGCCAUGAUGAUUGCCGAAACCAUCAACAACGUUUUUGGCCGCACGCUGAAUCCUAGGAAUAGACAGACAACCAGUGGUGGCAGCUCGGGUGGUGAGUCGGCUCUGCUGGUGAUGAAGGGUACUCCGAUCGGGGUGGGAACUGACAUUGGUGGAUCUCUUCGAAUCCCUGCAGCGUGCACUGGCAUAUUUACCCUCCGUCCGUCUGGCGGCCGCUUCCCGGUUCGAGACUGCCGCUCAGGCAUGCCCGGACAGGAGGGCGUCAUGUCCGUCAACGGUCCCAUGGCUCGUGCGCUGGAAGACAUUGUCAUGUACAGCAAGAUUGUCGUGCAAAGCCAACCUUGGCUGCGGGACGCAAAAUGCCACCCGAUCCCGUGGAAGUCUGUCGAACUACCCAAGAAGCUCAAGAUUGGCGUCAUGUGGGACGACACGCUCGUGCAGCCGACGCCUCCCGUCACGCGAGCCCUACGGCACACGGUCACGAAAUUGCUAAAUGCCGGCCACGAUGUGGUAGAUUGGCAGCCAACAGACAUGUUGCAAAGCCUCACCAUGAUUAGCAAGUUCUUCGUCGCCGACGGCGCGGUGGCGAUUCGCAAAGAGCUUGAGCGUACGGGCGAGCCGUGGCGACCAGAGAUGGACGCGUAUCGCGAUGCGCAGCCGAUGAGUGUCUACGACAUGUGGAAUCUGCAAACGGAAAGGACGGUAUUUCAGAACGCAAAUCUGGAUCGGUGGAACGCCGCUGGCCUGGAUGCUCUGUUGGUGCCCACAAUGCCGUACGUGACGCACAGGCACAGCGGCACGAGACACGUCGCAUAUACGGCCGUUUUUAAUAUCCUAGAUGUGUCCGCAGUCUCCUUCCCGACAGGGCUGACAGUUGAUAAAGGCAUUGAUGUCGUUGGCCAAGACUACGAACCUCGGAGCGAUACGUGCCAGGCUGUAAAUGAAGAAUACGAUCCCAGCCUUCUAGACGGCAUGCCUAUCAGCUUGCAGCUCGUCGCUCGCAAGCUUGAGGAGGAAAAGGUAUUGGACAUGACUGGCAGUGUCCUGCAAGCGCUCUCUAGCUGA